ACUUGUUGAAACUUCAAAAAGUUGUUAAAUAAAGUUCGAUUUCUCUAUUAUUUAGUUUUAUUUUUGUUUGUGACGUUAAAAUCAGAUUUGCACUGAAAGUGUAACUGAAUAAAUACGUAAAUAUGGCUCAAAAAGUGGAUCAAGCUACAAUUAUUAUUUUGGAUAUAGGGAAAAAUACAUCCAAUGAUGAUAAAAGCGAGAAAAGUUUUUUUGAAAACGCAAUAGAUUGUACGAAACGUAUAAUCGAAAGGAAAAUAAUGAGUCAAGGGAAGGACCUACUGGGAAUACUCCUAUUGGGAUCAAAGAAAUCUAAAAAUAAUUUGGCAGAGCAAUGUCCUGGUGAUUUUAAACGAAUAGAAUUAUUCAUAGAUCUUGAAACACCCUCUUGGAAAAUGAUCCGAGAUCUACCAACUGCUCCAACAACAGCAAAAGGUGAUUGGUUUGAUGCACUAAUUGUUGCUGCUGAUUAUUUCAAAAAUUGCUUCAGUGGAUAUAAAACUCAAAACAGAAGGAUCAUAUUAAUGACAAACUUUGAGUCAUCUUCUAAACUUGAUGAAUCUCAGUUUGAACGGGUAUUAAAUGGUUUUAAAGAAGAAGAUUUCCAAGUGGAUGUGAUUGGGUAUGAUAUUUAUACAGACACAUAUAAAUAUGAUGAUGUUGGUUACAUUAGGAGAUUAGUUGACGGUACAAAUGGUGUUUCCGCUUUAUUUGAUGAUACAAUGAGAUAUUUAGUGUUCCAUAAAAGAAGGCAUAUUAACCCAAUGCCAUGGAAUGUUGACCUCUGCAUUGGUCCCAAUAUAAAAAUACCAGUUUCAUCAUAUAUUAGAAUUAAAGAUGAAUCUGUUGUAAAAUCAUGGACGAAAGCAGUUCGCGACACAGUUACAGGGUCUGCGAGUACCACAGAGGCAGCAUCUAAAAAAACAUGGUACAUAAAUCCUGAAAACAAAGAUGUAAUAAAAUCGCCUGAAUUAAUUAAAGGAUUCCAUUAUGGUCAGGAACUCAUCCCAUUCCUUGAUGUUGAUAAGACAUUACUCUAUAAUUCUGGUUCAAAAUCACUGACAGUGUACGGAUUUACUGAUGCAAAGAGAGUCCAAUGGCAUAACUUGAAUGGUGAUGGUUUGUCAUACAUUUUUGGACGUAAAGGUGAUAAAAAAGCUCAAGAAGCUGUAAGAAUUUUAGUAGAAUGUCUAAUGGAAUCAAAUUUAGUUGGCAUCGUUAGAAGAGUUUACAACAAUGGAAAUGCCCCAAGAAUGUAUGUACUUAUGCCAGUUAUAGACUCUAAUGAUUAUGUUUGUCUGUCUAUGGCAGGAAUUUGUUUUAAAGAAGAAAUUAAAUAUAUGGCAUUUCCACAAAUUGAAAAAGUAACAUGUAACAAGGAACAAGUGGAUGCUUUUAAAGACUUAAUCAAAGCCAUGGAUCUUACGAAUGCAUAUAAUGAUGAUUAUGAUGAUAAUGAAGCAUUUCCUAUAGCAGAGACCAUAAGUCCUUCAAUUCAAUAUGUUUUAGAUUGCAUCGCUUUUAGAGCUAUGAACCCGGGAAAGCCGCUGCCACCACCGAGGAAAGAUAUAAUGAUGUUGUUCAAAGUACCUGAAUUAAUUGAGAAGAAUACUGUUGAUAUUGUUGAUAAAUUAAAAACAUUAUUUGUACUUAAGAAAGUAGAAGUUAAGAAAAGAAAUAAGCAAGUUGUUGCAAACAAUGAUGAAAUGGUUUCGUCAUUUAAAACAGAUGAGUCAAUUGUUAACGAUUUGCCAAAAGUAGAUUUGCCUGUUUCAUCAAAAUCAGUCAAAAUUAAGAGCAUUGGUACAGUUGAUCCUGUUAAUGAUUAUAAAGCACUUAAAGAGUUAGGAAAACCUAAAAAAGAUCUAAUAUCUGAAAUGACAAAUGCCAUAGAAUCCUUGUUUCAUAGCAAUUUGGAUGGACAUUGUACAAAAGCAUUGGAUGCAAUGAAGGUUCUGAGAACAGAAAGUAUUGUAGGUGAUCCUUCAGAUUACAAUAAUUGGUUAAGAAAUUUAAAAAUCGAAUUACUUAACAGAAAAAAGGAUGAUGUUAUUGAAUUAAUUAAACAAAAACAAUUAAACUAUAUAAUAAAGGAUGAGAAUAUUUUAAGCAAAUAUGAUUCAAAUGAUGCUGAUGAAAGUCAAUUUUAUGAAAUGGAUACCGCUCCUAACUUCACAGAGACGGAUAUCAGUACGGAGGUUAAUGAUUUCUUCAAUGAUAUGUAGUUUUUUGUAUGUCAUUUAAUUUUUUAUUUAUAUAGAUUUAAAUUAAUGGAUAUUAU